AUGAAUGUGCUACAACACCCUUAUCCCAAAGGGAACUCUCCUAAGAGAAACUCCUCGGCCACCAACCCCAUGUCGUUUGAUUUGACGGCGCUCGAGUCGCUGUUGCCUGCUGGUAAUGGUACCCCCACGAGGCAUAGCAAACGGAAUAACCACAGCCAUAACCACAAUGGGUCUGCCGGUAAUGGGUCUAAUUCCAAUAAGAACUUGAGUCAUGUUCCCUGCAAGUUCUACAAACAAGGGAUUUGCCAAGCGGGUAAUUCGUGUCCCUUCUCCCACAAUCUUGAUGGGACCUUGGCAGCUGAUAAGUUACCGUGCAAGUACUUUCAGAAGGGUAAUUGUAAGUUUGGUUUGAAGUGUGCGUUGGCCCAUUUUCUACCUGAUGGAACAAAGGUUAACUCUCGGAACUUGAUUUCACUUUCUCCUCCAAAGAGUGAACUGAACCACAGUACUACGACUGCUGCUAAUAACAAUAACAAUAAUAACAAUAUUAAUAAUAGUAUUAGCAAUAAUAAUUCAUUGGGUCCAAGUCCUGGGCCUGUUGCUGGCGGUGCCACUAUAGUUUUCGAUGGAAGCAGUAGCCAUAUUUCCAAUGGGGUUGAGUCUGUUGUUGGUGCCGGUGCUUCUGCUGCUCUAAGUUCGUCAACUCCAACUCCAUCUUCUACUCCAAACUCAGCUUCAGCGGUCGCCAAACAUUCGUGCGUUGCGUCGUAUGUUUCUCCAUUCACACGUCGUUCUUCUUCGAACCUUAAUGCUUAUGAUGCAGACUAUUAUUUUAAGGAAAGAGACUACACUUUCCAGUCUAAUAAUAAUGUACUUAGCAAAGGUAACUUCCAUGACUCAAAUCAACAUCCCAUCAACACCAACGCUCAAUAUACCCAGAACUCGGUCUUUAGCCACCUGACAUCCAUAGGAGUCCAACUGACGGGGUUCCAACUGUCUUCUACACAAUUACCAAGUCCAACGCUUAUAAGGUCUUAUUCCACCAGCAAUGCUACACCACCUACCAAUUAUUCCAGUUCAUCGAUUAAUAAUAUGUCGUCUUUCCCCAUGGCUACAUCCACCUCGUCACAAUCGUCAUUCCAUUCUCCAAAUUAUAUCAAUAAUACCUCCUACAAGUCUUUUAACAACGUAUUUGAACAAAGACUUGGGCUUACUUCUUAUGGAGGAGGCUCCUCAUCUCAACCUUCUUCCUUCCAAGAAACAUCACCGACGUACGGUUCGUAUUCUUUGUACCUCCCACAAAUUAAUGGGGGUAUCUGUGACUCACCAGUGGACGGGGAAUCGGAGUCUGCCAUCUACGAAGAAGAUAUGCUUCCCAGUUCGCUUGGGAACUUGAUCUUAAGUCCGAAGGAACAACAACGAAGAGAUUCAAGAAGCCAAAGUGGCACACUUUUCUCCAGACCCAAUCUUGAAUCGUUAAAGGAAGAAUAUGAAAAGACUGGGCACCCUGAUAACGAUGUGUUUCACAUGGACUGA